CAGGAAGCGGCAGCGCGGGUUUGCGUGUGUGAAUAUUUCGCGGGAGAGUGAAGCUGCAGACUGUCUGCUGUCAACACGGACGACAACAGUCACUGAGUUCAGAGCACAAUGAGUCUGUGGGUGGACAAAUAUCGACCGAGCUCCCUCGGGAAACUCGACUAUCACAAAGAGCAAGCGACCCAGCUGAAGAACCUGGUCCAAUGUGGCGACUUCCCACACUUGUUGGUGUACGGUCCUUCCGGCGCGGGGAAGAAGACCCGCAUCAUGUGUCUGCUGAGGGAGCUGUAUGGCGCUGGGGUGGAAAAGCUUCGCAUAGAGCACCAGACCAUCGUGGCUCCCUCAAAGAAGAAAAUUGAGAUUAACACAAUAGCCAGCAACUACCACUUGGAAGUCAACCCAUGUGACGCUGGAAAUCAGGACCGUGUGGUGAUUCAAGAGCUGAUUAAAACGGUGGCUCAGUCUCAACAGAUCCAGACAAGCACCCAGAGAGAGUUCAAAGUGGUGUUGUUAACAGAGGUGGACAGACUCACAAAGGAUGCCCAGCAUGCCUUGCGCCGGACAAUGGAAAAGUACAUGGGAACCUGUCGUCUCAUCCUGUGCUCUACCUCUACCUCCAAAGUCAUCGGGCCAAUUCGGAGCCGUUGUCUGGCUAUCAGAGUUCCUCUGCCGAGCACAGAAGAGGUCUGUAAUGUUCUGACAUCAGUCUGUAAAAAGGAGGGACUACUCCUCCCACCUGAGCUGGCCAAGCAAAUCUCUGAGAAGUCAGGUCGCAACCUCCGCAAAGCCCUUUUGAUGUGUGAGGCCUGCAGAGUGCAGCAGUAUCCAUUCUCAGCCGACCAAGAUGUCCCGGUGACGGACUGGGAGGUCUACCUCAGAGAAACUGCUAAUGCCAUCGUCAGCCAGCAGAGUCCUCAGAGGUUGUUGGAAGUUCGAGCCAGGCUAUACGAGCUGCUGACUCACUGCAUCCCUCCUGAUGUCAUUAUGAAGGGUCUGGUAACAGAGUUGUUGAGUAACUGCGAUGGCCAGCUGAAGACGGAGGUGGCCCACAUGGCAGCCUACUACGAACACAGACUGCAGCUGGGCAGCAAAGCUAUCUAUCACCUUGAGGCAUUCACUGCUAAGUUCAUGGCCAUCUACAAGAAGUUCAUGGAAGACGGCCUGGAUGCCAUGAUGUUUUGACUCUAAAUGGACUUAAAUACAAACGACUUUAACUUGCUCGUGUUUCGUGCCCCAACAAGACUUUUUGCAUUUUAAAAUAUACAAGAGAUAACAGGACAAGAGAUGUUUUCCUAAAAAUCUGCAACAGAACAUUACAAUAAAUAGCUUUCUUCACAACCUGUUACUCUAUGAAUAUGACCAAAUGUAACAUUUCAUUACUAUUACACUUAAUAUUACAUAGCAGAUGUUUUUUUACAUCAACCUUAUUGACCAUCACUCCUGAAGUAUAAAGUGUGGCUCUUGGGUAUUAUGUAACGUGACACUGCCUACAAAACUGUUUGAUGUUGCUCAGAGGUUCCCAGUAUGUGAGACAGACUGGAAACAUGAGGAGAGAGUGAGGAGGAUUAAUGCGAUAAAGGUUCCCAGCUUGUAUCCAGGGGCAUUGUUAGUAUCUCAUUCAAAUAAAUCAAAAAAUGUAG